AUGCCUCCCACAGCUGCUGCCGCCGUCAACGAGCAGAGCAUUUCUGGUACAACAUACGUCUCGACCAACGACGACGAGACGGCAGAGUUGAGAGUGCAGGAUCUAAAACAUGUGCUUGAUGAGCCCGACUUGAUUGUCCCCGUACCCACCUGGGAUCCAGAUUUCCCUGACACCAGGCCGACACCGUACUCGAAGCUUGUCAAGCCAUUGCGAGUUACGCUCAACGAGGGCGACAUGAUGUAUCUGCCUGCUAUGUGGUAUCACAAGGUUGGACAGAGUUGUGGUGAUGAAGGUUAUUGCUGUGCGGUCAACUACUGGUAA